CUUGCCGCGCACCCGGCCCCCAGGCGGCGCGGCUGGUCCCCAGGGGUCUGCGGGCUGCUGCGCGGCUGAGGCGCCCAAGUGCGGUACCCGCAGGGGGCGGCGGGCAGCCAUGGCGGAGGCCGCGUCGCCGCACUUGUCGCUGCCCUCGGGGCUGCUGGAGCUGUGCGCGCUGCUGGGCGCCCCCCGGGACAGCCUCCGAGGCCUCGAGCAGGUUGCUCAGAAGAAGGGAGUCAAACAUCUUUCUGCUCUUGAUCCAGAGGUCCUGUCCAUUUUCGUGCCUCCUUUUAUCAGUAAAGAGGACAGUCAAAUGGCUGGUGCCAACUGCGGCACUCUCGGUAAAACUUGGAGGCGCUCCUUGAGAAAGAAGAGAGAGAAGCCCAGACCAGAGCAGUGGAAGGGCCUCCCAGGGCCCGCCAGAGUGCCAGAGCCUGAGGAUGUUGCCGUCUUGGGCGGCGUGGACCUCCUCGCCCUGCCCCAGCUGUGCUUCCCAGGGGGUGUGUGCGUGGCCACUGAACCUAAGGAGGAUUGCGUCCACUUCCUGGUGCUGACCGAUGUCUGCGGGAAUAGGACCUACGGCGUGGUGGCCCAGUACUACCGGCCCCUGCACGAUGAGUACUGUUUCUACAAUGGCAAAACGCACUGGGAGCGUCCUGGCUGCUUCGUGCCCUUCGCGGUGUGCGUGGUCUCCAGGUUCCCCUAUUACAACUCCCUCAAGGACUGCCUCUCCUGUUUAUUGGCUCAUCUAAAGCUCUGUAAAGAUUUUGAAGUGGACAAUCAUAUAAAAGAUUUUGCUGCGAAGCUGUCUUUAAUACCCAGCCCACCACCUGGACCACUCCAUUUGGUAUUUAACAUGAAGUCGCUUCAGAUUGUGUUUCCCGCCCGAGCAGACCCCGAAAGCCCCAUCCUGGACCUGGACCUUCACCUGCCCUUGCUGUGCUUCCGGCCUGAGAAGGUGCUACAGAUCCUGACAUGCAUCCUGACAGAACAGCGGAUCGUUUUCUUCUCCUCGGACUGGGCUCUGCUGACGCUGGUCGCCGAGUGCUUCAUGGCCUACCUGUAUCCGCUGCAGUGGCAGCACCCCUUCGUGCCCAUCCUGUCGGACCAGAUGCUGGAUUUCGUCAUGGCCCCCACGUCCUUCCUCAUGGGCUGCCAUCUCGACCACUUCGAAGAAGUCAGCAAGGAAGCCGAUGGUUUAGUUCUGAUAAAUAUUGAUCAUGGGAGCAUCACCUACUCCAAGUCCACGGACGAUAACGUGGACAUUCCUGAUGUCCCCCUCCUGGCGGCCCAGACGUUUAUUCAGAGGGUACAGAGCCUCCAGCUCCACCAUGAGCUGCAUGCCGCCCACCUCCUCUCCAGCACAGACCUGAAGGAGGGCCGAGCCCACCGGCGGUCCUGGCAGCAGAAACUCAACUGCCAGAUACAGCAGACCACCCUGCAGCUGCUCGUGAGCAUCUUCAGGGAUGUAAAGAAUCAUUUAAAUUAUGAACACAGAGUCUUUAAUAGUGAAGAAUUUCUCAAAACCAGGGCUCCAGGGGACCAUCGGUUUUAUAAGCAGGUCUUAGACACCUACAUGUUCCAUUCUUUUCUUAAAGCCCGGCUCAAUAGGAGGAUGGAUGCCUUUGCUCAGAUGGACCUCGACACCCAAUCGGAGGAGGACAGAAUAAAUGGAAUGCUUCUAAGUCCAAGGAGACCGACCGUUGAGAAAAUAGCCUCCCGGAAGUCCUCACAUCUGCACAUCACCCACAGGCGCAUGGUGGUCAGCAUGCCCAACCUGCAGGACAUUGCCAUGCCUGAGCUGGCACCCAGGAACUCCUCGCUCCGGCUGACGGACACCGCAGGCUGUAGGGGAAGCAGCUCAGUUCUGAAUGUCACGCCGAAGUCCCCAUAUACAUUCAAGAUUCCCGAAAUCCACUUUCCGCUGGAGAGCAGGUACGUGCAGGCAUACUAUGCCGACUUUGUCUCCAUGCUGAGCAAGGCCAUGGGCUUUCUGGCCCCCGAUAACUCUCUGCUCCUGGCCCGCUAUUUCUACCUCCGAGGGCUCGUUCAUCUGAUGCAAGGACAGCUGCUGAGCGCCCUCUUGGACUUCCAGAAUCUGUAUAAAACAGACAUACGGAUCUUUCCCGCUGAUUUGGUGAAGAGGACGGUGGAAUCCAUGUCUGCCCCUGAGCGGGCGCAGGCUCAGCGGGCGCCGGAGCUGAUGAGGCUCAUCAGCGAGAUCCUGGACAAGCCGCACGAGGCCUCGAAGCUGGACGACCACGUGAAGAAGUUCGAGCUGCCCAAGAAGCACAUGCAGCUGGGCGACUUCAUGAAGCGGGUCCAGGAGUCAGGGAUCGUGAAGGAUGCCAGCACCAUACACCGGCUGUUCGAGGCCUUGACUGUAGGACAGGAGAAACAAAUCGACCCAGAAACAUUCAAAGAUUUCUACAACUGCUGGAAGGAGACGGAAGCAGAAGCCCAGGAGGUCAGUCUGCCGUGGCUGGUGAUGGAACACCUGGAUAAAAAUGAGUGUGUGUAUAAGUUGUCCAGCUCCGUCAAGACAAACCUAGGUGUUGGCAAGAUCGCCAUGACCCAGAAGCGCCUGUUCCUCCUAACCGAAGGAAGGCCAGGCUACAUGGAGAUUUCCACCUUCAGAAAUAUAGAGGAGGUCAGGAGCACCACUACUGCGUUUCUACUUCGGAGAAUACCCACUUUAAAAAUCAGAGUGGCGUCCAAGAAAGAAGUCUUCGAAGCCAACCUGAAAACCGAGUGUGACCUUUGGCACCUGAUGGUGAAGGAGAUGUGGGCUGGGAAGAAGCUGGCCGAUGACCACAAGGACCCUCACUACGUCCAGCAGGCGCUGACCAACGUCUUGCUGAUGGACGCCGUCGUGGGCACACUGCAGUCACCAGGCGCCAUCUACGCUGCCUCCAAGUUAUCCUACUUUGAUAAAAUGAGGAACGAAAUGCCCAUGACGCUUCCGAAGACAACCCUGGAAACACUGAAGCAUAAAAUCAACCCCUCGGCGGGGGAGGCGUUCCCACAAGCGGUGGACGUGCUGCUCUACACUCCGGGGCAUCUUGACCCAGCCGAAAAAGUUGAAGACGCUCACCCCAAGUUAUGGUGUGCUCUGAGUGAAGGCAAGGUGACCGUGUUCGAUGCUUCUUCAUGGACCAUCCACCAGCACUGCUUUAAAGUGGGCACCGCGAAAGUGAACUGCAUGGUGAUGGCCGACCAGAACCAGGUGUGGGUUGGCUCGGAAGACUCCGUCAUCUACAUCAUCAACGUCCACAGCAUGUCCUGCAACAAGCAGCUCACAGACCACUGCUCCAGUGUCACGGAUUUGAUUGUGCAGGAAGGACAGAAGGCACCCAGCGAGGUGUACUCGUGCAGCAUGGACGGCACGGUGCUGGCGUGGAAUGUGAGCACGCUGCAGGUGACCAGCCGCUUCCAGCUGCCGAGAGGUGGCCUCACGUCCAUCAGACUGCACGGCGGCCGCCUGUGGUGCUGCACAGGUAACAGCAUCGUGGUCAUGACAACAAAUGGAUUCCUCCGUCAAGAACUGAAGAUUGAGGAGAACUUCAGAGACACCAGUACCUCCUUCCUGGCCUUCCAGCUCCUUCCUGAGGAGGAGCAGCUGUGGGCGGCCUGUGCAGGACGCAGCGAGGUUUACAUCUGGAGCCUGAAGGACCUGGCCCAGCCCCCGCAGAGGGUGCCCCUCGAGGACUGCUCUGAGAUCCACUGCAUGAUCCGGGUGAAGAAGCAGGUGGCUGUUGUUUGGUGAGAGCACUCAAGAUGCACCCCAGCACCUUUCCAGCACGCAAUGCAGUCUUCUUCCCCAGAGGCCUCUCGGCCAUUAGGUUCUAAGCCUGAGAAGGGUCCUCUGCACCUGCCAGGUGGCCCUGACCCUCAGGCGGCAGAGGCCCUGUCCAGGAAGGACAUGGAUUUGGAGGCACACGCGUCAAUUCUGGGUAGCCAGGCAAAGCCCUGGCGCUCCUGGGAGGGACUUCUUUCCCUGCUGACCCCUCCCGUUUCUCCCUGGCAGGUCUGGGUGGGCAGCCAAGGGCUGUGGCAGGGAACACCCAAGGGGAAAAUCUACGUGAUUGAUGCCGAGAGGAAGACCGUGGAGAAGGAGCUGGUGGCGCACAUGGACACCGUGAGGACGCUGUGCUCGGCUGAGGACAGAUACGUGCUGAGUGGGUCGGGCAGGGAGGAGGGGAAGGUCGCCAUUUGGAAAGGGGAAUAAACGUGGCUGAGCCUGCCAAGUGGAACCGUGCCCUACGUGUGGGGACUGGCUGCCCCCUAGAGCCCGCCAGGAGCAGAACCUGGAGGGGUGGCGGGGCAGGGCAGCCCAGGCUCAGCGUGGAGCCCGCUUACCGUGUGGCCAGCCGCAGGACCCAUGGCCAUGCACCUUCUCUUAGGCCUUCGGGCCCCCUGGUUAAACUGCACCAAGGGUGUUUCCUGUUGGGGUAUGUCUCAGGCAGGCAGCUGCAUCAUCUUGUUGGUGAUAACCUCUGCUGGGAGGUUACUUUGUGUGUUGCCUAGAAAGUUCUGGAAUCCACAACCAGGGGCUGGCACUGGAGCCAGCAGCUUGGCCGAGUCACAGGUGACCCGUGGCCCUCACGUCUCUGGUUUUACCUUUCCUUACUUCAUUCAUUCACUCACCCAGUCCUACCGAGGAGCACUGGGCUGGGCACAUGACAGUGAGCCGGGAGCCCCGGGGCCUCCAGCGAGGCCUGUGAGAAGGGUGGUUCAGGUAACCACUGUGGUCUUUCUCCCAUCAGAGAAGGUGGACAGGGCCUACCCAGGUGGAGGGGACCACCCUGCAAUCAGGUGUUCGGGGCAGGGGUUGGGCCAGCUGAGGCAAGCUGUCUUUUUUCCUUUCCUUUAUAAUAGAUGCAAAAUUUUUAUAAUAAUCCUAGAGACCUUUUUUCUACCAAAGAUCACAGACCAGAAAAAGUUCCAUCUAAAAUAUCAUGCUCAGGAAACUACAUGGGACCAAAAGUAAAAUAGCAUCAUGUAUGAUCCUGUCUUCCAGUGUGCCGCUCAAUUUCCCUGAAUCCGUGUGCACACUGUGUAUGUGUAUGUGCAGGAUGCUUUACUGAACUCAACAAGAUCUUAGCUGUACAUAAAUAUUUGCAAAAGAGACCCUUUGCACCUUUUUACUGUAAUGUUGAGAUUUCAUUACUUAAAUGUUCUAUGGAAGGUUCUGGUGUGGUUGUUGGAGCUGGAGGGAACGUGUCAGCACGUGCUGAGGGCAUGGGGCCUGCCCCCUGGGCGCCCAUCCACAAGCUGGGCCAUGGAGCCCUAGCUUCUCAGGACACAGUCCCAGGGCUGGCGCAUCCUGAGGGUCUCUGGGGCGUGUUUGCCAGGCUCCUGGGAGCUGCUUUCAGAAGCUCUGCAGUGCCUCCAGAUGGAAAGGCGGGCCCGGCCUCCGGUUGGGUCUGCAUCUUGGAGAGUCCACACCACGGACCAGGUUUUCCCCCAAGGCUUGGCUUUGCGUAGCCACUAACUUCUUGGGGCAUUCUGAGAGUGUGGGCGGAGCGAACUAUGUGGCCUCAUCCUCCCGCAAGGCUGUGCUUGCAGCCUGGGCACCUUCCCACUUUCUAGCUGGGGAGAGCUUGGAUUUUGCUUUUGUAAACACAUGAAUCCUUAUGAUAAAAGUCUGUCAGAAAUACAUUUAUAAAUUAUUUAAUGCCAGUCCUCAUGUAACCUCAGGCAUCUUCAGCUUGUGGAGAAUAAAUUUGGUUUAAUAAA